GUCGCCCCGACAUGGUCCAAGACACCCAAGGCACAACCGCGACCAUACAGCGACGUCCAUCUGUCCCCGGAGACAACCCGCUCACCGGAACAGCGCCUUGAUAUCCUGUGCACCGCCAUACGACAUCCGCCUCUUGCUGCUUAGCCUCUAAAGUGCUCGACGUUUCUCAUAGCAUGUCGUCGUCCAAGUCACCCGAUGAUACUGGCCGCCCACCGGCGCAGGGGGAAACCACGAGCACCGACGAGUUGACUGCUGUUGUCGAAGAUUUGCUUAACUCGCUCUCGAACAAGUUUGCUGGGGUCAGCAGCGAGAUAUUCGCCAAGAUGGACGAAAUGUCUAGGCGUCUGGACAACCUGGAGGCAGCACUUAAAGCGAACCAAGAUUCCAGCAGCAACUCGCCAUCCAAGUCAUAGCAGACACGUGCGAAGAGAGUGCAAAGAGG